CAACGUCCGAUCAGCACUGUAAACAGCAAUAGAGGCGGCAACUGCUCUUGCUGUGAGCUCAUCGUGUAUGACGACGAGCGCAGCCAUGUCGACCUCCACCGAUGCCCCGGUUGAAAUCCCCAAGCCUGAGCGUCCUACGCCUGGCGCGCGCAUGCCGUCGCUGAACCAGUUGGCAGCCCGCAUUAACCUCAACCCGCCGGCGACAUCCUCGUCCUCCGCGUCACGACCUCGCCUCGCCGCUGCGCUCCUGCGCACCGGCUCCCAGGUAUCUCUGUCCUCGAACGCGACAUCUGUUGCGGACUCGACUGCUGUAAACGCUCCGAGCACGAGGUCGACGUCUCCCGCCGCCCUCUCGACGUCACCGCCCCACAGCACGUCCCACACUCCAGUCGGUGACAAGGGUGAACCUUUGACGGCGGAGAAGCUCGAGAAGCUAAAUGAGGAGGUUCAGCAGGAAGAGGUAGAUACGGCUGCGUCAGAGUCCAAGAAGGUCAACUAUCCGAGGGGGUACAAGAACAUCCCCAGCCUGGACGCCAUCACUGCUCGCCUGGCGAAGGCAAGGACUCUCAGUGUCGAUGGCACAGCCAAGCCCCCCGAGCCCGAGACGAUAGAGGACCCAAAGACACCUGGGUUACGUGUCAAGGCUCCUGAGCAUCCCCUCGAACAUCCAUGGAUGAUUUACCACGAUUGCAAGUCCAAGAUGCCAUUUACGCCUGCAACCGCUCCGGGCGAGAAUCCCCUUCCUUCUGCGCACCUUGCUGCGGACACCGACGAAUACGAGGCCGGUCUUACAGUGAUUGGCGAGUUCGACACUGUUGAGUCCUUCUGCCGGUACUUCAACUGGCUCAAGCCCCCCUCAAAGCUCGAGCGCAAUUCGAACUAUCACCUCUUCAAAUCGGGCAUCAAGCCGAUGUGGGAGGACGACGCCAACACGAACGGCGGCAAGUGGGUGCUCACGAUGAAGAACAAUCCGCAGCUGCUUGAUCGCUGCUGGGCCUGGCUGGCAAUGGCACUCGUUGGCGAGGACCUCGACGAAGGGGACGAGAUCUGUGGUGCAGUUGUCAGCUUGCGAAGCAAGGUCGAUCGUAUACAGCUGUGGACGCGUAGCAAGGACGACGUCGAGAAGAUUAAUGGUAUCGGUAAGAAGAUGGUCAAGCUUCUUGAUGUUUCGGAGGCGGAUGGUAUUGGAUUGGAGUUCCAGUACAAUACGGAAGAUCGUCCUACCCCAAACAAGUUCCUCUCGAUCCAGGCACUUCCGCAGACGGCAUACCGCAGUUCGUUCCACGUAAAGCCUGGCUUCAGCAGCCCCGUCUCCGCAGCUGGGGAAGGUCCCGGAGCCGCUCCUGCCGCUGCUCCUGGACCGGGCGGUGCCUUUGCCGGCUUCGGCGUGGGAGGUGGAGGUGUACUCGGCGGCAACGGGUGGAGGAGCAAGCGGCCGUGAUCUGGAGACGACACGAAACGAAGGGCUGUAAUCGCGUGUACCUAUAGGGAUCUCAUGAGCUCAAAUAAGUUGUACUAUACUCGUCGUGUCUACGGGCUCGGUCUGGAUCUACGCAUCUCUUGGCGGAAAGAUCAUACUCUGCGUUUGUUUUGUGAUGCGACCUGACCAAGCUGGCCUUGCCGUCAGAACUGGUCCCAGAAGUCUACAGAACCGUUCCAAGGGCCGCUUAUAGGUAUGUCCCUAUCAACACGCCAGUCGGAGAACCAUCCAUGACGAUAAUCUUUGUGGCAAGUGAGCUCUACUUGCAGUUCAUUGAGGCUUUCCCUGAACGAAGGGCUCAGGCCCCGCAUUGUCAUCGCGGGCACCUUCAGUGUAUGCAAGGGACAGUCAACGUCGACCCGGUGUCUCACGAACGCGAGCAACGGAUGCUCGGGAAUGUCUUGGUGCACCGACAAGGUCCGUAGCAAGGGCCAGGCAACGAUUCCAGAGGACUCGUGCAUGUGCCGCACUGCGUGUAGGAGCUCCAGCAGUUGCGCGCCGAGCAGCUCCAGCUCCUCGAGGUUUGGCAACGUGUUGAUAAGUACAGUGGGUGAGUCUGCAGUGGACAGACAGUUACUAUCGUCCCACAACG